AUGAAACCUGGUGAAUGUAUGAAAGAAUACAUUGACAAAUUUUUCGAAAUAGUCGAUAAAUUGCGUGAGAUGGAGAUCAAUAUUCCAGAUCCAUUGUUAAGUAUCCUAAUCCUGUAUAGCAUCCCCGAAGAAUAUGAAUCCUUCCGUAUAGCUAUAGAAACCCAAGAAACGUUAAUGUCCCCAGAAACCCCUAUGAUAAAAUUACUUGAAGAGUAUGAUGCUCGUCGAACAGUAAGUGAAAAUAAUAACGAUGCUAUGAUGGUGAAGAAAUAUAACAAAGACAAGAAUCAAACAUCGGGUAAGAAAACUUUCAAGUACAAGUACUACAAUUGUGGUAAAAUUGGCCAUAAAGCCAAUGAAUGUAAGUCAAAACCAAACAAAAAUAACGAGAAAACCCCAAAUAACCCUGAAAAUGUAAAAUCUGUUGCUUUUCACCCCACCAGGCUGAUGUCACCCUCAACAUUGCUAAGACGACGUCGCGGGAAUAGCUUCGAAAUGGCGACACUUUUAUGUAGCAUGCUAAUUGGGGCUGGAUUUCCAGCUGUGGUUGUAUCAGGAGUUGCUCAUGCACACGUUGUAGAAAAUAAUCAACGCAACGUUCCAUAUCCCCAUAAAAUAAUUGAAAUUAAUAUCGAUGAUGAUGUUAAAGGUACAGCGAAAACUGAGCAAACGUAUAGGCUGCGGCCAAUGCCUGACUUGAAAAGUCAUUUAAAUGAAAAUAUGACAGCACUUUUAAAAGAAAAAGCUGAAGAAGAGCAAAGGAUACGAGAUGAGAUCAAAAGGACUGAACAGGAGGAACUUGAACUGAAAGCCGUAGAUAAGUAUCAUUAUCGCAGAUCGCAUGCUUGGGUGGCAAUAAUUGAGAAUGCUCCUUGGAGUAUUAAGCCAAAGAAAACGUAUGUAAACGAAAGUGGGGAUAUUACCGAAGAACCGCCCACAGUGCGAUUUAUUGAGCCAUCAACAGGACUCUUCUGUGAAUCCCAUUGUAAAAACUACAUUCUAAUCGAUAGCGUAUGGAAUAAUUGCCAAUACUACGUAAACAAGCAGCAAUAUUUACGCGUUUCAGACAUUCGUUGGGAUCUCAGGAAUAAUGAAGACUGGGAACAUCUUCUGCCAGGAGAGCCUUACGAAAUGCGAACUCGUGCAGGCCAUUCUGAUGAGAACGUAAUUUCUACCGAUCAUCUUUUAGCAGAGGAGAAACAUUUAGACACAGUACGAUCGUGGGUUACUCGACUACAUAUUGGCGAAAAGGAAUUCGAAGAGCGUUUUCCACAACUGCAAAAAACCAUCUUAUACCAACGUUCUAAACACGAAAGAUUCUCUCCGUAUACUCAAAAAGAUGGCAAAGUCAUGCAGUUGACACUCUAUAACGAUAAUGAUUUCCAGAAACCUUCUGAGCGCUGGGAAUAUUACGAAAAUCGAACCGAUUUGCUUUUGCAACUAAAAUUUACCUACGACACUUCCGAAAUUGAAGAAACCUUUGAUAAAGGACGAAACGAUAGUUUGAAAUUUCUUCGUUCCAAUAUGAAUCCAGUAGCUCCCAAAGAAUUAUAUUUCUUUUCCGAGCCUCGACUAGAUUCGCUGAAAUAUUUAAAAGUUGAAAGUGAUCGUAUUGUGCUUCAUUAUGGUAAGCGAAGUGACUUUUGCUUCUAUAAGGAAUUUGAAUUUAAACCUACUGGUCAAGUUUUAAAGAAAAUUGUUGAAAAAUUUAAUCGCAACAUACUUUUACCAGCUGAUAAAGAUAUUGCCAUUCGCACUUUUAUUCUAAGUCAACGCAAAAUAUCGUUAAGAUAUCAUUAUGCCAGAGGGGCUCUGACGGCAUCAACACGUGUAUUUAUAAAACCUCCAACGCCAGAUUAUGGCCAGGAAGUUGUAUUUGAUCCUUCCUUAAUCAAAUCCUAUAAGGCAAAUUUUUCUGAAUGCGAUCCCACAACACUUGAAUUGUAUCGAAUUUUUUUGGCUCAGCUGCAGUACGAGGAUAAACUGAUAAAGCAGUUUGAAAAGAUUCUUGAGGAAACGAAUGGAAUUUUGGAUCAGCGCAAAAAUGAAUUGGAAAAGUCUUGUCUUAAAUUUCGAAUCUUUGAUUGUCUUCGCAAUAAAGCUGCACGAAUUAAACGUCUGCAACAGUGUGCCGAUGAAGAAGUCUAUCAACGUGAGUUAAAAGCCAAACCAGCUGAUUUUCUUGCUCCUUAUUUGGUGGCGUAUAAAAAUCGUAAACUGACUUAUGAAGAAUCAUGGACUGCCUACAAUGCCUGCCUAUUCGAUUUAAAAUCCCGUUUUGUCGGCCUUCUCAAUGAUUUGCAACGUCAAUAUGAAGAUCUAACAACGGAAUCAAAGUCACUGCAAAGAUUUUUGAAUAAAUUUGAAAAUCAGUUCAAUAAUAAUGACUAUGAACAACUAGUAACUGAAGCAAAGGAAAUUGGUUUGAACAAACGUAUGGUGCAACAACGUUUGACUUUGACGCAUGAAGGUUCUCAGAAGAAAUAUGAGACAGUUAAAGAGUCAUUAAUGUGCGAUUCUCGUUUAAAUCUCCAUAAAAAUAAAUAA